AUGAAGGAUUCUGCCAUAAUCUGCCUCAUUUGUUACGUUUUCUCCGCAUUGCCAGGUUACGGUGAGUAUUAAAAGCACUUGCUAUUUACUCAUUCAUAGAAUCAUUCGGCUACGUGAGUACGGCAGAUUAGAGUUGAGGGAAGAGCUGAUUUACUCAAAAUUAAGCGCAUGAUGCCUAGGGGAACAUCUAAGACCGAUUCAAAUGUACACUGAUUAUAAGGUGAUGUACAAAGAAUUUAGUCGGUCAAUUACCAUUCGUCUUUGACUUGAAUGAAUGAAAACCGACCCAAUAUUUUACACCAGCUUCUACACACUUCCGCUCCACAGUCUUUCGUUGUAUGGUGCAGGUUUUGCCACAAAAUUUUGUUUUUUGUUGGUUCUAUUAGUGUAGAAAAGGAUAAAAAAAUGUAGACAUCUUCUGUACAAUACAGAAGCCAUAAUUACAGCGUUCUUGUUCGAAAGAGACGGGAAACCCCGGCCUCUCUGUCCACGUGGAUUUUACCCGUGCACAUUGAAAAAUAUUUUAAGAAGACAAAGAAUCGAAGCGCUUAAUUAUGCCAAUAUAAUCAAGUGUCUCCCUUUAAGGGAAAUCUAAGAAGAAUUUAAGGUAAUUUUUCGGCUCUGAAUGCCCUUAAAAAUUUAACAAUCCUUUAAAAUAUUCGAAAACGAAAGCGAACCAGCCACCCACGCCCAAAAGUUCACUGCUCGAGCGCUCGAACAUAAAUACCUUAUUACUUCCGGUGUACUUUUCCGGUGCCCGGUACUCGCCAUGUGCACAUUUCUCUUUUUAUUUUCUGUAAAAUAUGAAAGUGUUUAACUUCUCGGCCUUGGGAAGUUGAAGGAAGAGUGGUUUACUUCAGCUUAGUCUUAAUUUCUAGGGAAAAAUAAAGACCCCGUCUGUAGUUCAAGUUUAAAGGUUUAAAAGGUAAAUAAAGCCCAGAAAUUAUACCAUGUGAAAAGACUGUCGUUCCAGUAUAAGCCCGUGUAAGGGGGUGUCCCCUGGACACAUCCGGUCCGGCCCGUCGAUAAACAUUUCUUUCCCAAGCAUAGUUAUGAUUAAGUAGGGUAAAAUCAAAAAUGCGUUCAUUUUGAGGUAAAACCCCAUUUUCUUUCUCCCGCCUUAUGAAGAUACAGCCACACACGAUAUAAAAAGUAAAAAGCCCUUAAUGUCAAGUUCGUCAAAUCCAACGUUAUUUUUGUGUUAUAACGACCCGUAGUCGAGUUACGUUUUCUAACUUUGUAAAUGAUGACCAAAACGAAAACACACGGUAUCAGAACUACUUCAGUAAUCUAUUAUCGUAUUAUCAUGAUGUGUUUUCCAGUUAAUUUUUACAACAGUUUGUUGUUGUUUUUUCAACGGGUUUGAAUGACUCUAAGGAUUUGUGGGGGAUAAUCGAAAACGUAAAUGAGCUGCCUUUAAUACCGAAACCAAAAGCAAAGGUCGGUACCGGAACUAAAUGUUACAUUACUACGUUAUUUCCGGUAUCUGUUAGUGGAGUCACGGGAUGAUGGGAAGAUCGGUGUGGCACUUCGCGAUUUCUCCGCGUUUCGCAAAAUUUCCCGCAGCCCCCAAAAUAUUCAAUUCCCCAAAUCGUCUUUUGUGAAAAUGAUAUAGUUUUAAAUUGACGAGAAUUAUAACUUAAAUCAGACCCUGGCAGUCGAUGUUUCAGCCGAAGAUGAGUAUCAAAUCGAGUUCUCGCAAACGUUUAAGAAGCGAUUAAGUCCAAAAAUCUUAGGUGAGAGCAGAUCGUUUUUCUUUUAGAUUUUAAUCGCACAGUUUUUAGCUGGUUCCCUGUACACUAUGGUAAGCCUGCUUCGUUUCAACGAAGGAAGAAUUAUUGCGUGACGAGCCAUGGAAGAUUAACCUCAGUUGUGAAUGCGAAGAAUUUGAUGGGCGCUUGCCAUGGGAUCGGAUUACAUUUCAGUUGAGGAGCGAAGGAGGAAAUAUUCGUUUACUGUGGGCCCAUGGGCGUUAUUCGUUGACUCGAAUGUCAAAACUAAAAUAGUCCAGCAUUUCUUCUUCCAAAACCCGCAACCUCUAAGAGAACGUGACGGCUUCCUUUCAAAGCUAAUGUAUUUCGUGAUUUACAUUUCAUAAAGAACCUUUUAACGGACAAUUAGUUUCAGUCUUCAUACAUUGAACCGCAGUACGAUCACCGCGGAAUACCGUAAAAUUCCGAAAAUAAGCCCCUCCAUGUACAAGCCCCUCCAAAUACAAGCCCCCCAAAACGGCAACGCAGAAUCUCUCCACCAAAUAUAAGCCCCCCAGGGGCUUGUACUUUGAAAUUGCCCUCAAAUAUAUGUACAAAGUAAAACAAAGCAAAAACGGUAAAUUUACCUCCAACUAUAAGGCUAGCCCAAUCGAUUUUGAAACGAAAAUUUCCCUCCGAAUAUAAGCCCCUCCAAAAAUAAGCCCCUCAUAAAGGGCCUUUGAAAAAUAUAAGUCCCGGGGCUUAUUUUCGGAAGUUUACGGUGUACCAGUGAAAGUAGCAAUCCUCUCUUUCCCCUUCCCAUCGUGCCCCGCGCGCCUUUUCCCCUCUCCCCAGCCUCCCUGCGACACAAAGUUGAGAGUUUUCGAGAGUUUUCGAUCCUCGUGGCCAAACCAAUACCCAUGGUCAAAGUCUUGAAGUAACUGGGAAAUGAAACUACUGCCCGUGCCCUGCAAACGGCUAGGCCUUCGCAUGGCUUGGAUGACAAUAUGAGAAUGGCGGUUGCGUCGCCAGUAGGAUCCAGUAGGAGAAGUAAAAAAUCCUCAAUUAAUAAUACUCUUUCGUUGCGUUUUUAAAGGCGUGACUGUUUCUUUCCUUGUACUUUUUCUUUUGUCCUCAAUUAUAAAAUACUGUUAAAGAACUGUACCUACGGUCUAGACUACACGUAGUCUACCUGCGUUCAGCUCCAGUCAAGAAGGUAAUACCCAUUCGGACCCAAUUAAGCACCGAUCAGAAAAGGCGCUGGGAAAGUAGCACUUUGACACUUUUGUUACCGCAGUUACUUAUUUUCAGUUAUUCUGUUUUUUUCUCUCAGUUGCUGAGCCGAUAGAGCUGCCGCCUGUCAAAUGCAACGAACCAGUACUUGCAACAGUAGAAGUUGAUUCCCAGCAUAGAUUCCGACCUUUUUAUGUCCGACUCCACCGUUGUGAGGGUUCGUGGGAGGAGGUCAAUCCGAAAACCAAGAGGUGCGUUGCUCUUGGUAUACAGCAUAUCAACAUAAAAGUGUUUUCAUUUGAGACAAACAAAUAUGAUGUUCAUUCUGUGGAUAACCACACACGGUGUGGUGCAGAGUGUACGACAGGUGGCCCAGAUAAAUGCGACCCUUACGUGGAGAAGUGGAAUGAAGACACCUGUAAAUGUGACUGUAAGUUUGACGAAGCACCACCACGUGACAUCAUGGAACCAAAGAACGGCUCUAGGUGAGAACUCAUAUAUACAGUAAAACCUCUAUUUACCUGUGUAUUAAGCGGCCGCUUAUCAAAUCCAAGUUCACCGUUUAUUUGACAUGUNGGAACCAAAGAACGGCUCUAGGUGAGAACUCAUAUAUACAGUAAAACCUCUAUUUACCUGUGUAUUAAGCGGCCGCUUAUCAAAUCCAAGUUCACCGUUUAUUUGACAUGUAUUUAGCGGUCACCUCCAUCAAGUAAGCGCGGUCACCCCUUAGCUAGGCUUCCCAAUUGGCCAAUUUUAGUUGGAUAAUAGUGCGAUGUUUUGACAAGAUAAACAAGGCAAUUUCACUUGUUAAACGUCUUAUAAAACAUACAUAUUGUUAACAAAGGAGGUAGCGUGGCCGAGUGGCCUGCUCGUUGGAUUCGCAAUCCGGCCUUCCCGAGGCUCGCUCUCGCCACUUGCUGCAUUUGUUCGCGGUCGUUCCGAGCUCAAAUCCGCGACUACGCUCGUAAAUAACCAACUGGUUGCCUUCUGUUAGAAUACCUCUUUUAUAGCGGCGGUCAUCUAACUAUUUCGCGAGGAUGACCGACUCCAUGUUACAAACGGAAGUACACUAGGAAGUUACUUGUGGAUCGGCUACCUUGGGUUCAUAUACCGUAAAUCCUCUAUUAAGCCCCCCUCUCAAAUAAGCACCUCUCUCUAAUAACUCCCUCUCCCUUUCAGAAGCUCCCCCUCUGUUUUAAGCCCCCUCUCUUCAUUCUUAUUAUUCUUCAAGGAUGGAUGGAUUAUUCACCACCUGGAAGUUAGGAUUUGUUUUAUUCUUUGGCUGCAUGACCUUCAACCUUUUGUACUUGAGGGUUUCCACUUUACAUUCUAGUUCUUUAUGGAGAACUGAUGCCAUUGCCUUAGCUAAACUAAAUAAGCCCCCUCUCUCAAAUAUGCCCCCCGUGUCCAUUAGCCCCACCUCAUAUGCUUUACGGCAUUUAAAUUUUACUUUCCCACUCGUCACUCAUGCGUUUUCUACCACUUCACUACGUGUCCAUUUCAAGCUAUCUCUAACACCUGUGGGGAUUUUUAGUUUUAGUAUUUUACAAGAUAGCGUUUCAGUUCUCUCUCGGUCACAUUUUUGCCCAGAAAUAAGCUAUUUCCGAGUUUCAAAAACUUUUUCUUAGUUUUAAAACGAGGCCAACUGCAAAAUCUGUCUUGUGAAAAUGAGCUUAAGACAACGCAGUUAAGGCAGCUCGAAAUUGACCUACUCAUCUUAAGUUGCCGUUCUAGCCACUCCCGUUCGAGUUGCCAAGUGCUCCAAGAGUUUCAGUCCCAAUCCAGAUGGAAGGAUUAGAGGCAAUUCGUUACAGAGAAGCGAUCAUAAGUGGAUCUAGUUGGAAUUAGAAACGGGGCUCCCCUUUUUUAUCGUUUCCUACUUUUUUCCUCCUUCUCAUUUCAUGGACGUGUGCUUUUUCCUCCCUCAGGUGGAAUAAACACCGUUGUGAUUAUGAAUGCAAUCUAUCGACAUUCAGUGCCUGCUCAGGAAAAAAGGUAAGACGGCUUUAUUAAAUGUUAGAAAUUUUUAAAAAAGCCCGUUUUACCGGUAAUUAGCGAGUGUUUCUGCCUUUCUUAGGACAUUUUCAUUGGUUCUUUAUAAUCGGGAAGUCCUCUCUUAACUCCGGAAUAACAUCCCAAAGGUGUUUAUUUCAAUGACACUUUACUGUAGUUGCUGUUGCUCGAGUGAGGUUCGUUUAUGCAGAUCCCCAUUGCACCAAGAUCAAACUAAGUGUACUGUAAGAGUGAAAUAAACUGUAAGUACUUUUAUAUGCUUAUCCUUCUACAGGAAUUGGACCGUAAGACAUGUUCCUGUGUCUGCAAGGGGUUUCACAAGCGUAUCUGCGAGAACAAAAAUGUUUCCCUAAACCCCGACACCUGUGAAUGCGUUGAGAGUCGGAAAUCACAUUUAAUGUCUAAAAGUAAGUCGAAUCAGUCAUGGCCUUUUUUAAAAAGAUUGCAAGUUCCCAAUAAAACUUGACGUUUUCUCGACUGACUGACUGACUGACUGACCUGCUGUAUAACUGGUCAGCUACCUACCUAACUAACUGACUGACCGAUGACUAAUUGUCAAAUUAACUAAAUUACCCAACUACCUAACGGACUGACACUAUACAUGGAGACUUAUCAAGGAAAAACUUGUUCAAGUAUGUUGUUUUAUGUACACCUACUACCAAGGAAAACGUGAAACGAAAUUUUUUACCGUAAAUGAGGUUUAAUGUGCUAUAUGGUUAAGAUUACGGAAUUGCAGGCUGGACUUGCCAAAUUGUAUUACACUUAACAGUCUCUUAUCUCCCUCAACGACGAACAUUGGGUACGGCACUUCAGUUGGUAUCCGCCUUAUAGUGAACCAAACUGGAGGAAGGCAGGUACCAACUCUAAUCGCUCGCAUUAGGGAUGUGUCUGUCCUAAAGACGUGUUCCUUCAGGGGAACCCAACGACAAUUUUCGGAAAAUAUCUGUUCGGAAGACGAUUUGAGAUCUAGAAUUUUCGGAACAUUUUUUCCAAAAUUUCUUGCUUGUCUUCCUCUCCUAGGAUUUUCGAACAUCUAAAAAAUGGUAUANACCAAACUGGAGGAAGGCAGGUACCAACUCUAAUCGCUCGCAUUAGGGAUGUGUCUGUCCUAAAGACGUGUUCCUUCAGGGGAACCCAACGACAAUUUUCGGAAAAUAUCUGUUCGGAAGACGAUUUGAGAUCUAGAAUUUUCGGAACAUUUUUUCCAAAAUUUCUUGCUUGUCUUCCUCUCCUAGGAUUUUCGAACAUCUAAAAAAUGGUAUAAUUGCCCAUUUUUAACCGAUUUUUACCCUAAAAGGGUCACGUGCAAUUUUCGGGAGCCUUUUUUCUGGCUGAAAUUUUCGAAAAGGUAAGUCUUGAUCCCUAUAAUUUUCGAAUCACUAGACUUUCAGCUGGGAAAUCCGAACAGAUGAAAAAUUUUAGGGGAUAAAAAUAUGCCUAUAUCUACCGUUUUAAUACUAAAAUACUUUUAACAAUGCUAUGUUUGAGUGGUUUUGAACUAUAUUCUCGUUGGGUCCCCCUGUUCCUUAAGAGAGAGUCGAUAGCCUGCAAAGCAGGCGUAUUUUGCAGUGCGAGCGAUCACACGAAUGCUCUCCCACCAUCUUGGAUGUUGAAACAGAUAGAGAGUUGGGGGUAGGUCAAAAAAUGAUUCUCAGGGAAAGGACAGUGGGUGACGGCCUGACGUGAUCAAUUUGAUGAGCAAGCUAGACCGUCGACUACUGGCUAUUGAGCUAAAGUUUUAUCUCUGGUCAGUUUUAAGUUGCAGAUAUCAAUUCUAGGUAUCUAUCUCUUGCUUUUAACACAAGAUUUAAAGCUCCUUUGGUUUUGCUUUUAUUACAGGUUCGAUUACCUACGUUGUGAUGGUUACUCUUUUGGCAGUUCUAGUAGUUAUUGUGUUGUUCGUCUUGGCACUCUGUUGCCGGCGUAGAUGCAAAGCGUCAUAUACGACCGAUUCAGGUAAUCUAACUAAUGACAUAAUAAUAGGAUGAUAAGGUUCCUUUUGAUCCAUCUUCAAGUACUUUUCUCAUUUAGUUUAGCCUGUGCCAGGCUCUAGGACAGGGUGGACGAGCGAGAAAAGCUAGCUAGCAGUGAGGUAGCGAACGAGAAAAAAUGGCGGGAAGAUAGAAGGGGAAGCCUGUUAGCACCGCCCGACUACCCCGGCCACUUCCUGAAAAACAGUUUCUCGUUUCAGAGUGUCAAAUAAUUGACGUAGUAAGAGUUGAAAUAAACUGUCACAACUGACCAAUCAUAGGGUCUACCAGGCAGGAGCUGGUAUACUGGAAUCAGGUAUUGAAAAAAAUGAUUACAUGCUCCACUACUCCGUCUCUCCACAACUCCCACGCAAUUUUCGCUCAGCUUUCUCGAUCCGCUUUUCUCACUAUCUUGGAGCCUGGAACAGGCUCAGUCAGUCACAUACUGACUUUUUAUAUAGUUUGGUAUGCACUGGGCGGUGUAAAUGGCUUUUAAAAUACUUUAUAAGUGCAAAAUGCAUACUUUCUGCGAGUGCGGUAGUUUUGCUCGGCUUUAUACAACUGUGCGGAAGAUCUAUAUCUCAUCUUUCAAGGGGACACAAUGAAGUCCAAAACGAAAACUGGAGACUGCCACAAAGUUUUCAAUAAACGUUAACAUCUCUGCUUUGUUAUUGCUGAAAAAUGUUCAUUGUAGUUCAUGCUGACUUUGGCUUUUUCCUGUAUUCUCAAGAACCUCGCAAGAAGACAAAACAAAAACAACAACAACAACAAAUUCGCUUUAUGGAGAACUGUCCUGAACUGAAACCGUGGCAGUUGAGUUGUAGUGUUGUGGUGUCUCCCUAAUCAUGAAACAAAGCAAAACAAGUAUACGAAAACACAACAGGGAAAAAUAACAUCACAGUUUGUAGAACAAUAAAAUCAACUUGACAGUCUCGAUAACGGAUUAUGUCAACCUACUUGUUGCCCUUUAUCUCGAAUAACACAAUUUAUGACACAAAAGUUUUGAUUGGUUCAGAGGUCAUUAAGAGCCCUUACCAUUUGCACGGACAGUUCGCUAAAAUUUUCCGUAAAAAGAUACGGUCUUGUUUUUCGCUUAGUUAAAAAGGAACGGGAUUGAGUUGUACCAUUUACAAAAUACCGUUGUCCACUUUUUCUCGCGAAGAAGCAUGGCACUCUUAGCACUGGUAAUUCACGCAAGGGUAUAGAAACUUUCGAUCGUUUCGGUAAAAGUGGGAAAAACCCAAUACCUCAUAAGGUGUACCUUUUAUGUGAAAAAUUUCCAGCGAGAUGAAACGUUCAAUUUGAAUUCUCACCGAAAUUUUCUCGAGUUUUCUAUACAAAUGGUAAGCGCUCAAAGUCACUGCUGAUAACUGCCUGCGGACAAUUGUCCACUCAUGCGCAUUACAGACAGUGCUCUGCUUAUGCGCAUGCCUAGUUUGAACACCGUCUUUGAGGAAACAAAAAAGAUGGCGACCGGCUCUGCAUUUCCCCAGUAAAUUACAAACCAAAACAAGCAUAACAAUUAUUGAACUUGGUUCACAAAAUAUCGUGAUUUGUCGGUGUCUGGCAGAACAGUCAUUGUCUCUGAUCAGGGACAAUGAGCGAUCUUCUCGCCACCAACAAAUUACGAUAUCAACACCGCCCAGUAAUAGUUUAAGACAUGACGACUUAUUUCCAGCCAUGCCCUUUAACUAGACACUAAUUUAUCUUUUUUGAAAUUGCAGGAUCUGACAGGUCAUCUGACUGUCAAAUCUCGGAAGGCCAAAUCAAAUCACAUCAUCAGUAUGUGACUAAUGUUUAA